AUGGAUCGCGGAAAGAGAGUGAUGCACCCUGAAGCCGAUUUCGUUCUAAACAAGGAACCAUGGGAAAAUGAAGAAGAGUGUGAGAAGACAAAGAAGAAGGCUAGGAUUUGCAAACUUGAAGCCGAACUCGAUCAUGUACUGGUAACAACUAAAACAGUGAAACAGUGUAAUGAGGUAAUUGUUUUCGUCUAA